UCUAUGAAAUGUGGAUGUCCCUUUUGUGUGCUCGUUGGGUUCUGUUUGCCGUGUGUUCUGUCAAAAAUGUCAAUAAUGGUGUUGGGCUAGAGAGGUGUGGUGCGCAAAAACAUAAUUGAUAUAUUUGUUUGACUUUUGUUCUAAAUAAUCGACGAAAAAUGGAAGACGAUUUACCCACGGAAUAUGAUGUCAUCGUGGUUGGAACAGGGAUGACGGAGUCGAUGGUGGCGGCGGCGGCCAGCCGCGCGGGCAAGAGGGUUCUGCACCUGGACGGCAACGAGUACUACGGCGGGCCGUGGGCCUCCUUCAACCUGGACGGGCUGCAGCGGUGGGUGGAGGAGAGCCGGCGGCCCUGGCGAGGGCUGUACAACGUCACCGACGACACCAAGGCCCUGCUCCGGGAGGGGGAGGCGGCCGUCGGCGCCGGCAACCAGCUCUCCGCCGUCUCCAACGUCUGCGACGGCUGGCACGUCCCGGAGGAGCCGGCGGGCCUGGCGGAGUCGCAGUCCUCGUCCAAGAGGACGCAGACGGACGGCGAGGAGGCGGCCGAGGGCUCGGGCGACACGAAGGCAGACUCGGUCGACGGGGACGACGUGUCGGCCCCCUCGCAGCGCAAGCUGUGGAGCCAGUCGGCGGUGAAGAAGGAGUACCGCAAGUUCAACCUGGAUCUUGCGCCGAAGCUGCUGUUCGCACGCGGCUCGCUCGUGGAGCUGCUGAUCUCGUCCAACAUCGCGCGCUACGCGGAGUUCCGCAGCGUGACGCGGGUGCUGACGUGGCUGGGCGGGCGGCUGGAGCCCGUGCCGUGCUCGCGCGCCGACGUCUUCUCCACCGACCGCAUCUCCGUGGCCGAGAAGCGCAUGCUCAUGAAGCUCAUGACUGCCUGCAUGGAGCAGGACAACUACGAGAAGGAGUUCGAGGAGUACGCGGACCGGCCCUUCGUGGAGUACCUCCAGUCGAAGAAGCUGACGGCCAACCUGAUCCACUACGUGCUGUACGCCAUCGCCAUGGUGACCGAGGAGACGCUGUGCCUGGAGGGGGUGGCCCGCACCCAGCGCUUCCUCAACAGCCUGGGCCGCUACGGCAACACGCCGUUCCUCUGGCCCAUGUACGGCAGCGGCGAGCUGCCGCAGUGCUUCUGCAGGCUGUGCGCGGUGUUCGGCGGGCUGUACCACCUGAAGCGCCCGGCGGACGCCCUGGUGGUGAGCGGCGCUGGCACGGCAGAGGCGCGAUGUGCGGGCGUCGUGUCCGGGGGCCAGCGCCUGGACGCGGCCCACCUGGUGAUGGGCGUGGGCCACGCCCCGGCCAGCUUCCUGCGCGGCUCGCCCUCCGGCGGCCUCUCGCGCGCCGUCUUCGUCACCGACCGGUCGCUGAUGCCGGCGGACAAGGAGUCCUUGACGCUCCUCAACUUCCCCCCGGUGGACGGCGUCGAAGAGCCCGUCACGGUCAUCGAGAUCGGGCCUUCCACCAAUGCCUGUCCGCCGGGACUGUACGUGGUGCACAUGACGUGCAGGCAGCGCGCCACGGCCCGGGAGGACGUGCGCGCCGUCGUGGAGCUGCUGCUGCGCACGGAGCAGGACGACGGCACGGCGCCGCGCGUCAGCACGGACACCCAGGCCACGCAGACAGUGUCCGCAGCCAAGAAGCAGGGAGAAGAAGCGGAGGCGGCACAGCCCAGCAGGGCCCAGGGUGCCGUCGCGAUCAAGCCCCAGGUGCUGUGGUCGCUCUACUUCAACUGCCCGGAGACGUCCGGCUGCGACCUCUCGUCGGGCGUCCCGGCCAACGUGUUCCUGUGCUCCGGGCCGGACCUCGACCUGGACUUCGAGUUUGCCGUCAAGCAGGGGAGGGAGAUCUUCGCGAAGAUGUACCCAGACUGUGAGUUCCUGCCGAGGGCCCCGGACCCAGAGGAGAUCGUUCUGGAGGGUGAAGACGAAGCCAAGACUGAAGAGAACAACACCGAAGGUGCAGACGAAGCCGUGGGGAAGGAGGAAUAAGCUGUAGGAUCUUUCAGGGUCAUAAUGAUGCAUUCUUCAGCUCGGUGACAGAAAAUCUGCUUCGCAGUGUGAGAAAUUUUCUGUUUCUUUGAUAUUUGAAUUGCACUCCAUUCUUCUGUAUGGUAAUAUUCUGCAUUCCUGAAGAGUAAACAUUCACAAUGGUUGAGACUUACGAAAUAUUAUUUAUGUUCCUUAGUAUAAAAUAAGUUUUUAUUUUUAACAGUUUUGAUAUUAUGGAAGUAUUGUUUUAAGUAUAAGGUGGGUUUUUCUUCUUUUCUUUGGAUGCAGAGACAGCCAAAACAUUUUUCUGCAUUGGAAAGAAAAAAAAACCUGAAGACAGUAAAAUAGUUGGUUUUUUUAGUGAAGAAAUUAUGUGCUAAGAGAUAUGUUUACACUCUACAGAGCAUGAGGUAGAUAAUCUUGUCAGAUUUGCUUUUGUUGUUUGUGUUCAUGUUGUUACUGGAAAGAUAUAAAAGUGUAGCAAAAUUAUUUUAAGCAUUCCUAUACUAGUUACUUGAUUAUUUUGCACAUUAUUGAAGUACAUGUUGCACGAGAUGAACUAUUACUUAAGCGUUACUGUGUGGUUUGCUGUUAUAAUUGCAGAUUAUUUGCAACGUGCAAAAUCAACAUAAAGCUUUGAACAUCUGCUUUACAUAGAUAUAACUAGCUGUAGAAUGGAAGCUAGUAUUUUAAUGAUAGCAGAUGGUGUUAUUACCUAUCUGCUGUAUUAAAGUAUUUCUUAAGCCAAAUUAACAGCAUUUCAAUCUUUGCUUGCAGUUGGUGGGCAGAAUUAGUGUUUCUGCUUAAUUUGUCCUUAUGCCACAACACACUUGUGGAACAAUCUGUAAUGUACCAGCUGUAUUAUUUAAUUUAUAAAUAAAAUAUUUGACAGUGACAAA